AUGCCAGCAUCAAUGAAUUACCGUGUCGUUGAACCGCACCCGUCGGUCCCCCACACCACCCGUCCAGCUCUGCACACGGCUCGUGGAGGUGCCGGCAAUGUCAUCAACCUGAGAGGCACCAAGACCACCGACUCUCGAACGGCCACCGGUCCUGCCUCGCUGACGCGUCUGGACUCCAAUGUCCCCAGCACCUUCAAGUCCGGCCGUGGUGGCGCUGGCAACGUCCACAGCAGCACCGAGCGCGCCAUCUUCAGCUUUGACGAGGAGCUUGAGCGUGAUAUUCGCCGCGCCGCCCCCGUCUACCAUGUCGGCCGUGGUGGAGCCGGCAACAUGGUCUUCAGCGACGACUCCUCCAGCAGCCUCAGCCGCAAGUUCUCUGCCAGCAGCAAUGGCACCUCGAGCAGCUCCGGUUCCACUCGGGAACGGGCUCUCCGCAGCAUCGAGAAGGGCUGGGGCAAGCUCAGGGGCAUGGCAUAG